AGUGUCCACAGCUAUCCUUGCCCUCCCCACACAUACCUCCCACACGCCGGCAGCGCACCUCGGUAACGUACGCCGCCGCCGCCGUUACCCCAGAUUGCUGGCGUGUUGUUGAACUGCGCCGCGCCGUUGGCCCGCUGCGGUUGCUCAAGCUUGCUCUCGCCCACCUCGGCGUAGCACCCUCCCACCUCCCACCCCCGCGUUUCCCGCCAUGGCUUAGGCUUUGGCUCUUUUUCAACCUACCGAUCUAUCGCACCACCCCAGUUCGCGCCGCGCCGCGCAGUGCUACUACUACUACUAGGCUUGCCCGUAGCAGCACAAGCUAACCACCUUGUCCUCGAAUCGGCACACACCACACUACACACGCACACACGCACACACGCACAGCAGAAGCCAAAGAAAAGCAACAUUGUCCCGUUCUGAUUGUAUCCAAGGCUCCCUUUGAAUCGUCCCCGUCUGUCCGUGACCGGCAAGCUCUCUCUCUCCUAGUGGGCAAACGUGAAACUCGACCCGUCCGUCCGCCCUCGCACACACACACCACCAACCAACCACCAAGGCACCACCGCACUGCACCGCACGCACGCGCGCACUUGCACAACCCACACCGUGUGCACACAGACUCACGCACACACACCAACCCAUCACCCAUACCACAAAGGACAACCAACACCACCAAAGCAAACAAGAGCCAGAGCCCCGAGCCUCGCGAGCCAGCCGACACGCCGACGCCUCUUCCCCCCUUCCGCCCUCCGCUGCUGCCGCCGCCGCCGCUGCCAUCGCCCGUCGCCCGCCGCUUCUGCUCAGACGUCUGCGACGUCGCCCCUGGCAACUCCCUCCCUCCCACUACACCCUAGCAACUCGCACCACCAAAUACACGGCGCCGCCGCCGCUCCCUCCCCUCCCUAACCCACACCCACCACCCACACGCACCCCCCUACACCCUAUUCCCGUGCGAUCCCCAGCUGCUCCACAUUCUCAACGCACACCUUUCAACGCCGUCGCAAGCUCCAUUCGCUCGACCUGUACUUCUCUCCUUUUCUCGGCGCAAGACGCUCGUUGUAACAUAAUCCGCAACCUUGCAAACCCGCGCGCUGCUUCCACGUUAGAGUUACUGCUCUAGCUCGGCUCCUCACAGACGGAACCCACGCUCCUUCAAAGACAACGGCUCGCAAACCAGCGCGACUGUUGGUCCGACUUCAAAAGCGUCUCUGAUCAGAACACAGCAUGGCAACCCUCAUGCAACCCUCACCUGCGGCCCAUCGUGACCACGCCGCGUCGUUUGAUCGUUCUCGUCCGUCAUCGGCUCCUUUUGCCAGCUCGAGCUUUGAUCGCGCCCCUUCACCUGCCGGCCCGCCCGUACGGUCGCGAACUGGCUCGAAUAAUUCUGCGUCGCCCGCUCCUUCCCCUGUGACCCCUGCGCCUUCAGGCUAUCCUCAACAGCAGCAGCAGCAGCAACAGUACGCCGCAACAAGCUACUUCCCGCCAUCAGGUCCUCACUAUCCUGUCGUUCAACCUGCCUGGCCAAACACUCCAGUACCGGCAACGUCCUUCUACGCUCCUCCUUUCAACCCCUACCCCAACGGCGCCGCACCUUCGCCAGUCUAUCAGCAGCCCGACUUUUCAGCUUGGGCGCACGUUUACUCACAAAUGGUAGCUGGCGGUCACAUGCCGGGCCCAGGCCAUAUGCCCCAGCAACAAGCCGCACAGCACCCCCAAGACCUCGAUGACUACUCGGCAGCCAGUGAUCCGCCCCGGAGGCGAACCACUUCGGGCCCAGCAAGCCCUCGCGCGGGCAUGACCGGCCUAAGCGCCUCGCAGUCGAGCGCGCCACCGAAGGGCCUUCAGCCUGCCCAAGGAUUUCACCCAUACAAGCGCGGGCCUUCACACCGCCCUUCACCCUCCUCCGAGUCUGGCAUGUCGCGCUCAACAUCCCAGCCCUCCGUGUCGCUGAGCGACUACGCAAAGGGCGGCCCAGCAUCUUCCUCGGUGGAUGAGCAUCGCCGAACCACCUCGGAUGCGUCUGGAACCGACCUCGUGCCACCACCCAAGUUACGCGACCGCCAGUACUCGUCAUCGAGUGACAGGAGCUCCCGCGAUGGCCGCGGCGAUGGCGCAAAGUCACCGCCCUCUUCGCAGCCCCGUACCUCGUCCCCAAGCGUGACAUCCCCACCCAACAUCUCGAGGCCGCCGUCGACAUCUUCUUCCUCCAAAGGCGCAGUCCAGGGGGCCAGCGCGGCUGCACCUGCCAGCGCUUUACCCAGCAGAUCGCCCCUGUCCAAGUCGGGGCCUCUCCCCGAGCUGCCUACGAGCUCGAGCAACACAAAAGGCCGCGCCAGGAAUGACCCCAGUCCUCCUCAGUCGUCGUCGUCGCGCUCAAAGGGCUCGGCGCCUCCGUCGUUGUCCCGUUCGCUUGCUCCGGUCAACGUCAAUGUCCCUCAAGACUUUGCUCCUCCAUCGGCUCCGUUCGCCAAUGUACAAGCCAUGGGUAGCGAUGUCAGUCUGGCGGAGACUGAGCGGACCACGCAGACCACGGCUUCCAAGGCGCCCAAGAGAGGCCUCUUCCGCAUGAAGAACAAGUCGACCGACAACAUCUCAUUGUCAUCCACCGUCUCCUCGGCGAGCAUGAUGAUCCGUAAGAUGGGUUCCCUCGGCAAGCUUGCGCGACGGAACAGUCUCAUGGGCAUCUCGAAGAUCUUCAAGGACAAGCCCAAAGAUGAGGACGCCCCCAUUCCUGAGAAGCAAGCCUCUAUUCUUAGCUUUAAGAAGAAGAGCGGCAAGAAGGCAACAGCGGCGCCUGCAGAAAUCAGCAGGGCGCACGCGGAACUCGACCGCGUUUCCGAGGAGGACGACCGCGUGCUAUCUGGUCUCUCUCCAGCUGCUCAGCUUGCCCGCCAACACACCCAGCGCUCUCGCCGUGAGGCUGAGCGCAAGGUUGCCGAGUCUAAGCCUGCAGACAGAAAGGCGGCUGCCGAGUCGAACAAGAAGGCGUCCACGACCGAGUUUGGUGGACCCAGCGGCGAACCAACCUGGGACAUCAACACGGCUGCUCGCCCCGGCCAGCCUCAACAAAAGGCGGCCGACAUGGACACGCCCGCGCCAUCGGCGUCCAUUUCGUCGCCCAACGGCACCUCGGUUGUGCGUGUCCUACCUCACUCGCCAACGGUUGUCCACGCCUUUGCCGUCAACGGCCAAGAGUACGACAGCGACGACACUUCCGAAGGCGAAGCUGUCGACGACGUUACAUCGCGCAUGUUGAACGCUUCUCUCGACGAGGACGAUGACUUCCAGCCCCUCUGGGCGAGACCGCACAUUGACCGUUACGCCCAGCCCAAGAAGGGCAUCCUGAGGACUGUUGUCUCCAACGAGCACCUCGAGUUGGCGGCUAGCCGCCCGACGCCCCCUGCGGUUGAGCCGACACGUGCGCCAGCUGCCCGUGCCAACCCCAGCCUCCUCCCUUCGCUGCCAGCACCUACACCGGAGCGCAUCGAUGGUGUGGCACAUGCGGCCCACACGGCCGACCGCCCCGAGGCCGCGUACGACCCGCUGUCCCCCGACUUCUCGCCAUUCGACUCUACUCCUAUCCAGCUCGACCUGCGCCCUUCCAUCUUCACGCAGCCGGCGCUUAACACUUCUGCGCCGAACCUCUCUCUGGCUGGUGGCGGCCCAGUGCCACCUCCUCAGACGAGGUCGAUGACAGCGCCUGCUCGUCGCCGCCUCGUCUGGGCACCCGAGUGUGCGGUUUACAGCACAUACGAUGCCGGAACUUAUGACCGUCGUUCCGAGCCAGCCACCUGCAAUCGUCUGACGCCUGAACUGGCCAUGUCGAUCAAGCAGGAGCUGAACGCCUUCAAGCUCGAGAUGCCGGUCCACCCUUCGUCGAGGGUUUACACGCACUACUUUGCAUGAUCGAUCCCACCUGCAUUGCACACUAGCAUCUGUCUCAAUUAACCCCAAAGCAUUUGGGUCACAUACGACCCGCCGUUGUCCGACACUCAAGUUGGACCACUUCAACAAUACACCACAUCUUGUUCCAAAUGUGUGCGGCCCCCGUCCCUUGAUCUCAUCACUGUCGCCGCGCGACAGCGUCCUCUCUCGCCUCUCUUAUCGCCUGUGAAAAUAUGUCCCCUGCUUCGCCGCAUUACCUCCAACCCCGUUUUGUGCUUUUCAAUGUUCAACCUGUUUUAUAGCUAGAGUCGUGUUCGACAUCUCGCCCCGUCCGCCCUAGUGCCGCCGCCGGCCACGGCGACGCCCCGCCCGAGGUGCCGCCGCCAUCCUGACAACAAACAACUGCCGCUUUCGAUCGGCCCGACUCGACGUGGCCGAGCAAGUCGCGCAUGCGUGGACAACCCUGUCUGUCCCCCCACUCGAAACUCCGUCUGUGCACUCUGUAGACCUGUGUAGUGCUCUUGCGGGU